CACGCAAUCUAGUCCACACCCAAGUCCCAACAUCCAACGGGCGAGGUCGGUGAUAUAUCUAAAACCGCGACCUGUCUCAGCGGUUCUAAAAAUUUUCACCCACCAGUUCAUCCCUAAAAGCGUGCGGUUUCACUGCAUUUCCAAAACAAAAAAUCGCUUGUUUUGUCACUGCAAAACCCACAGAUGCCUCCACGAGCAGUGAAGCGACCUUCCACGGCCACCACCACUGCUCUCAAGAAGAAGCCAGCUAUCCGCCCAAACGACGCCGUAGCACGCCAACCCUCGGCCCCUCCUACUACAGAGAAAAAGGGAUCAGAAAUAUUGGAGCUUGAAGAUGGAGAUCGGCGGUUUGAAGCAGAAGAGAAUGCUGUUGAAAGUUUAGUGAUGGAAGAGAUUAUGGAUGGGAAUGAGGAAGAUCGGGUAGGGGGAAUUGAGGGAGACAACAUGAUUGAAGAAAUUAUUGAAGUUGAUGUGGAGGAAGAAGAGGAAGUGGAGGAAGAGGAAGAGGUGGUUGAGGAGUAUGUUGGAGAUGAGCAUGGAGAAGAAGUACAGGAAUAUGAGGAAGAGCAUCAUGAUGUGGUUAAAGAGAGGAGGAAGCGUAAGGAGUUCGAGGUCUUUGUGGGGGGAUUGGAUCGGGAUGCCACUGAGGAAGAUCUUAGAAAGGUUUUUAGUCAGGUGGGUGUGAUCACUGAAGUGAGACUUUUGAAGAACCCAGUAACUCAUAAGAACAAGGGCUUUGCUUUCUUGCGGUUUGCGACUGUUGAGCAGGCUAGACGUGCUAUUUAUGAGCUGAAGCAUCCAAUGGUUAAUGGGAAGCAAUGUGGGGUAGCUCCAAGUCAAGAUAGUGACACUCUCUUUGUUGGUAACAUAUGCAAGACCUGGGUAAAGGAGGAUCUGAAAGAAAAGCUCGCACAUUAUGGAGUUUAUAAAUAUGAAGACUUGACACUAGUGGAGGAUAUGAACAAUGAGGGGAUGAAUCGAGGGUUUGCUUUUUUAGAUUUCUCAAGCAGGGCAGAAGCCUUGGAAGCCUGCAAGCGAUUGCAAAAGAGGGAUGUUGUGUUUGGUACAGAUCGAACGGCAAGGGUUGCAUUUGCAGAUACAUUCAUUGAACCAGAUGAUGAAAUUAUGGCACAUGUAAGGACGGUAUUCCUUGAUGGUUUGCCUCCUGCUUGGGAUGAGGAUCGCGUCAGGAACCAUCUUAAAAAGUUUGGGAAGAUCGAGAAGGUGGAACUUGCUCGGAAUAUGCCAGCUGCUAAAAGAACUGAUUUUGGUUUUAUAACAUUUGACUCUCAUAAUGCUGCGAUGGCUUGUGUUGAUGCUGUGAAUAAUGCUGAACUUGGUGAAGGAGAUAGGAGGUUAAAGGUACGGGCAAGAUUGUCUAGGCCACGCCAGAGAGGUAAGUCAGCUAGACAGGCUCGAGGAGGCUAUGUUGUUGCAUAUGGCAGUGGCCGGGGUGGCAGGGAUUCCUGGGGCUCUAGUAGUUCUCGCAUUGAUCCUAGCAGGUCUAUAGAUCAUGGUGGGAGAAGCGUUCGAAGUUGUGGCAUGAUUGAUGGUGGCCCUAACCGAUCAUAUGGUUCAAGAGACAGAGAUGCAGUACUGUAUGGAGUUAGGAGUGGACGGCAAUUUUCUUCACCAGAGAAAUCGUAUGGUAGCAGGUCCAGUGGUUAUGGAAAGACCAGCUCAAAGAGGGACUACAUCCUGGAAGAUGAAUUAUUAACCCAGCCAUCUGAUUUUGGGAGAGUUCCUAUCAAUAGACACUCUUAUAGAGAUGCUUACCCUUCACAUGGAUCUGGGUACUUGGGAAGUCCUCCAAGGAAAGUUUCUCGUGCUGAUGCUCGUAGACCAUCUCCUCCUUAUGAUGAUUAUGGCUAUGGCAGAUACAUGGAACGAUCCUCUAACUAUCGUGAUGGUCAUACCAGUGAUUACAGUUCUAAUCCCAGCUCAAAGCGGUCCCAUUCUACAAUUGAGGAAGUUCACCCUCGUUAUGCUGAAGCUUCAAUUAGGCAAUCACGAGCUUCUUUUGAUUAUGGAGGAAGCAGUUCUGAAUUGGUUUACAGUGAUAAGUCUUAUGGAAGUAACUCUACAAGGCUGGGUCGUGGGUCUCGUCUUGUGUAUGAUGAUGGUAGUCGGAGAUCUUCAGGGCAUUCUCGUGGACUGUACGACACAAAAACAUCAACCAUUGGGUACAGAAGAGAUUCAGUUGUAACAGAUGAGAUUAGUAGAAGAGAUGCAGAAAGGGUGUAUUCCAGAUAUGGAAGGGACUAUAUGUCUAGGGAUUAUAUGCCUUCUCAAUCAGAUCUAGAUGCAGGUACAUACCCACCUGAGUACUCCACCCGUCAAUUGGAUGACAACUACGUACGUGGCAGAAGUUCUGGCUCAUAUUAUUAAGGUGAGUUUACGUGUGGUGAUUUUAGGACCUUGUAUGAAUGUUAUUCAGCCGAAUAAAAAGGACCUUCAAUGAAUGUGUAUCAAAUAGCACAUUUUGCAUCUAAAAACUAGCCUCUCAAGUUGGAGUGCUCCUUUGGAGGUUGAUUUAGUGGUUAUCUUGGAGACUCACUGCAUCAUUACCAGAAUGAUUUUGGUGUUGAGAGCAAGGCUUUUCAUUACUUGAAGACCUUCAGAGAAAAUGUUUGCCUUGUCCAAUUUAUCAUCUGUACUCCGAAGUUAAUUACUAAGAAAUUGGUAUUAACAUAGGAAGCUUUGAGGAUGAGAUCUGAAGUGGUAAGCUAUUUAGAGGAUAUUUGAAAACUACAAUGUCUUUGGCUCUUUGUUAACAAUGAAGAGGGAGAGAAUGAGAGAUUAUGGACUUGUGUACGUACAAAAUUGAAGCUCAUGCUGCUGAUUCUUCUGUUUGGCAUUGCCCAACUAGGUGGGUAAAUUAGAGUGUUAUAAAACAGCAAUAUUGUUUAUGGUCUUGAAUAUUUUGUGGAACUCCAGUUCUAAGCUUCACGGAAUGCUUUAUGUGAUGGAUAACAAAUUAUGGUCUUAAGUUAGUAUAACAAUUGAAGUGGGAUGAUGAGUAUCUAAAAUGAUUUUGUGGGAGUUGUCCCCCAAGGGUUUUCUGUACA